GUAAACACAAGGUUGAUUGUUUCAGAGAGCAAGUUUUCUAUCUUGAACCUGGAAUAGAAAGCAAGUUUUCUAUCCUCUAAAAUUUGGCUAUCCUGAACCUGGAGUAGUGAGCACGUUUUCUAUCCUGAACCUUAAGAAGAGAGCAAGUUUUCUAUCCUGACCCGGGAAUACAGAGCAAUUUUUAUAUCAUGAACCUGGAGUAGAGAGCAAGUGUUCAAUACGAAACCUGGAGUAGUGAGUAAGGUUUCUUCCCUGAACCUGGAUUAGUGAUAGCACAAGUUUUCUAUCCCGAACCUGGAGUAGAGAGCAAGUUUUCUAUCCUGAACCUGGAGAAGGGAACAAGUUUUCUAUCCUGAACCUGGAGUAGUGAGUAAGUUUUCUAUCCUGAACCUGGAGUAGUGAGCAAGUUUUCUAUCUUGAACCUGGAGUAGAGAGCAAGUUUUCUAUCCUAAACCUGGAUUAGUAAAUAAGUUUUCUACCCUGAACCUGAAGUAAAGAGCAAGUUUUCUAACCUGGAGUAGUAAGUAAGUUUUCUAUCCUGAACCUGGAGUAAAGAGCAAGUUUUCUGCCCUAAACCUGGAGUAGUGUGAAAAUUUUCUAUUCUGAACCUGGAGUAGUAAGUAAGUUUUCUAUCCUGAACCUGGAGUAGAGAGUAAGUUUUCUAUCCUGAACCUGGAGUAGAGAGCAAGUUUUCUAUUCUGAACCUGGAGUAGUGUGCAAGUUUUCUAUCCUGAACCUGGAGUAGUGAGCAAGUUUUCUAUCCUGAACCUGGCGUACUGAGCACGUUUUCUAUCCUUAACCUAAAGUAGAAAGCAAGUUUUCUGUCCUGAACCUGGAGCAGAGAGCAACUAUGCGAUUCUGUCUUUUCUUUCUCAUCGUUACCGUAUACUCUGAAAAGUUGAACAGGGCUGGAGAUAUUCCAACUAAAAAUGAAAACGAUUUAUCGCCAAAGAUCUCCGUCUUAAAAUCAGCUGAUUUGUUUCAGCAGACCCAAGAUAUUCUAAACAUCAAUGAAAGCAACCAGAAAAGAUUGGAGAAAGACAAAAGCAACUUAUCUCGCAAGCUUAUUUGGUUCUCGGAGAAAAAGAAUACGUCCCGUGCUCUCAAUGAAGACCCGGAGAAAGGAAGAAACAGUUCAUCUCGACACUUCAACCUGAACCUAAAGGACGGGACUGGGCACAACCUGGCUACGAUCACCUUCUCCCUGCAAUCCAUCCUUCUCUCUCUUCUCUCCCUUAUAUCCGUCCUGGUCCAGGGGGAUCUAAACACUGCAUCUAAAGCUCUUCUUCUCCUCCAGAUGUUUAACGGAUAAACUUAAAGGGAGUGUUCAUCAAAUUCAACUGGGGAGUAAGACUAAGAAUGUUAAAUUUUUAAUGCUAACAAUUUUCCUAUACUUACUUUAUGAAUUCAAGACCCACUCCCUUAAAGCAGAAUGUUUUUAUUUUUAUUUUGUUUCCUUGAAUGUUUCUUUUCUUAAAAAAAUAAA